AUGCCCUUCAUGCAUGUCGACUCGUGGGGCGAGGAGGGCGAGGGGGCAGCGCGCGGGGGGCAGCAAGAGGCGUCCCUAUGCAUAAUCCCCCCCUUCCAUUCCCUUCAGCAUGGCGGGCAGCGCGGAGACGACACGGCGGCCGGCACGGACGGAGUCGACUCGUGGGGCGAGGAGGGCGAGGAGGCAGCGCGCGGGGGGCAGCAAGAGGCGUCCCUAUGCAUAAUCCCCCCCUUCCAUUCCCUUCAGCAUGGCGGGCAGCGCGGAAACGACACGGCGGGCGGCACGGACGGAGUCGACUCGUGGGGCGAGGAGGGCGAGGGGGCAGCGCGCGGGGGGCAGCAAGAGGCGUCCCUAUGCAUAAUCCCCCCCUUCCAUUCCCUUCAGCAUGGCGGGCAGCGCGGAGACGACACGGCGGCCGGCACGGACGGAGGGUCCAAGACCGAAGACCGCCUCCGACUGCGGCAUAGGUGUUGUGCGGCAGGGGUUGCUGACGGCGUUGGGACGGACGCCUCCCGCGCCUGA